UAGACAGUCUGAUGGAGUAGACUGUGAUAGUUUUAAGAGUGUCUGAAUAGUAUAAGAUUGUUUGUCUUGAUCAGAUUAUCUGUCUUUUUCUUCAUGUGUUUAUCUUGAGAGCACCGGUGUGUUACCAGAGUCCGCCUGAGUUGACAUUCUGAGUUAAAUAGGACCUUGAAUGAACUGUUGUAACUAAUCAAGAGUUGAGAGUUGACUGUUAGAAAACCAAGAGUUGUAAUCCCUGUUCUUAGUGAAUUUCUGACCGCAGAUUGAAGUUAGUAAACACUUCGGUUGAACCACAUUAAAUAUCUCUCUGUGAUUCUUCAUUUACUCUUUCCGUUUAAAUUGUGUAAUUGCUCUUAUUACUCGUUUGUGUGGUAGACGACCUAGUGAAUUUGUGAACUAUUUCCUUACAAAUUGGUGUGGUGAACGUGUAACAAGGAAACUCAAUCAUCAUGAAUUUCGCAACUGGUUUGAAUGAUUUUGAAGGUUGGCGGUUGAAGAUGUGAGCUCUUCUGGCUCAAGAGGGUCUCCUUGAAGUUUUGGAAGGUGAAUCCAAACAUGAUGUAGUCGUGGAUGAAAAGAAGAGGAAAAUGUUUCUGGAGAAGACUCAUAGCACGAUUCUUCUUAGUCUUGGGGAUAAGGUGUUAAGGUAUGUAUCGAAGGAGAAAACAAGUCCUUGGUGAUAACAAGUCCUGUAAAAGAACUGGUCUUGAAACAAUUAAGUUUCGUCUGCAUGAUGGAACUGAGAGGCUGCUCGAAGAAAUUAGGAAGGAUUUCCACGGUAAUUGAAGAUAUCAAAGAGGAAGGAAGUUCCCAUGAUGGACAUUUAGAGAAGUUUGACAAUGAUGACAAAGGUAGAGUGAUUGAAACUACCAACAAAAAGGUUGAAGUACAAAACAAGAAGAAGAAUAUCAGACCCAUCAAACCCAUCAAACCUGCUUCUGUGGAAAUACUUAAUCGAGUGCAGCUAAAUAACACAUAUGAGACUCCUCGUUCAACUAUAAGAGGCAUCAUCAAAUACCCUGGUCAAGCAGAGUUGAAUUUCACCAAGGAAAAUUUGAGCAAAGUAGAAGAAGCACUUAGACGGGCUUUUAUUGAGUUUUAUAACAAGCUUCGACUUCUGAAGAACUACACAUUUCUGAAUGUGUUGGCGUUUUCAAAGAUAAUGAAGAAAUAUGACAAGAUCACAUCAAGAGGUGCAGCAAAAGCUUACAUGAAAAUGGUUGAUAGCUCCUGUCUUGGGAGCUCUGAUGAGUUCACCAGGCUUAUGGAGAGGGUGGAAAAUGUAUUCAUUAAGCACUUUUCCAACUCAAAUCGAAAUAAAGGAAUGCGCAUCCUGCGACCUAAACCAAAGAGAGAAAGGCACAGGAUUACAUUUUCCAUGGGUUUUUCUGCCGGAUGCAGUGCUGCUCUAACAGUGGCUCUUAUUCUAAUGAUCCAUACGCGUAAAAUCAUGGAUCAUUCAGGGAGUAGCAAAUACAUGGAAAUCAUGUUUCCUCUUUACAGUUUAUUUGGAUUUGUAGUUUUACACAUGCUGAUGUAUGCUGCUAAUAUAUACUUCUGGAGGCGAUACAGAGUGAACCAUUCAUUCAUAUUUGGUUUUAAGCAAGGCACUGACUUAGGCUACAAUCAAGUCUUUCUCCUUAGCUUUUUUCUGGCAGCAUUGGCACUAACCAGCGUGCUUGUAAAUCUAGACAUGCAAAUAGAUCCUGUGACAAAUGAUUUCAAACCAUUCACUGAACUUUUGCCCCUUAUCUUGGUUCUAAUUGUGAUUGCCAUUUUAUUAUGCCCAUUAAACAUCGUAUAUCGAUCAAGCCGAGUGUUCUUCCUUACAUGUGUGUUUCACUGCAUCUGUGCUCCUCUAUACAAGGUCACACUGCCAGAUUUCUUCAUGGCCGAUCAAUUUACAAGCCAGGUUCAAGCCCUGAGAAGUUUUGAGUUCUACAUAUGCUACUAUGCUUGGGGUGACUUCAAACAUAGAGAAACAGAUUGCAAGUCAAGAAGGGUAUUCAUAGCUUUCUCAUUCAUUGUCGCUGUGAUUCCAUAUUGGUCUCGCUUUCUUCAGUGCCUAAGGCGCCUGUUCGAGGAGAAAGAUAUGAUGCAAGGAUAUAACGGGUUGAAGUAUUUCCUCACUAUUGCAGCCGUUUGCCUCAGAACAGCUGAUACUCUUGAUGGAGGAACGCGUUGGAAAGUGAUGGCCUGGAUAUUCUCAAUAUCCACAGCCAUUUUUUCCACAUAUUGGGACAUAGUCAUAGAUUGGGGCCUCCUCCAAAGACAUGCCAGGAACCGAUGGCUCAGAGACAAACUCCUGGUCCCUCAGAAAAGUGUAUAUUUCGCAGCUAUGGUGCUGAAUGUCUUGUUAAGGUUUGCAUGGUUACAAACAAUAUUGAAUUUAAAAUUCUCCUUCUUGCAUAGACAAGCCAUGAUCAGCAUUGUUGCCAGCUUAGAGAUCAUUCGUCGUGGCAUGUGGAACUUCUUUAGGGUGGAGAAUGAGCAUUUGAACAAUGUUGGCAAGUACCGUGCAUUCAAGUCUGUGCCUCUACCCUUCAACUACGACGAUGAUGAUGAUGAAGAUGAAGAUAAGGAUGAGUGAUUUUUCAGGAACAGCAAGCACAGGUCCAUUACAUUUUCAUCUCUAUCAAACUAUGUAACUUCUGAGUCAUAAAUUAGGUUUCUUCACUCGUGUCA